AUGGCAUCUACCAGAGCUAGCCCGGCUUGUGGGAACUGCAGAUCUAGGAGAAUCAAGUGCAAUCUUCUCCGACCAAAAUGUAGCCAGUGCGCUCGAGCCGGUCUAAGCUGCACUGGUUAUAGGUCUCAGUCAGAUCUACUUUUUCGAGAUCAGACCAACUCAACGAUUCAAAAGUUGCAUGCUUCAAGUACCAGGGUGACCAAGGCUCACAAGCAUGCCACUUGUUGGAGCCCAGUCGCAGUAGAACCCACUUUCAAUAUCGAAGAAAUUGCACAGAAAGUAUUUUCUGACAACUUUGCGAUCUUGGGGAAUAGGUGCAAACACUGGAUGGAUUCCGGUGCAGGUUACCCAUCUUCCGCCACUAUUAGCCUUACCUCCGUUGGCCUCGCUGCACUUGCCGUUGUCCAUAAAGAUCCUGAUAUGAUGGAUUUGGCGCGAAGAAAAUACAACUUUGCUAUAAGGGUCCUUACUAAAGCAAUCAACGGCGGCCAGGACUCUGGAGUUGAGCAAUCUAUCGCUGGAAGUUUUAUUUUAUCUAUCUUCGAGACGAUAACGUGUGAUAGCCACUCGUCUUCAUAUGCCUGGAAGAAUCAUGUCCACGGCGCUGCUGCAUUCUUGGGCUAUUUAUGUUCUACCAAUGGUUUUCCAGUCUCGCCAGUGAAAGAAAUCAUAGAGAUCUGCUACACUACAGCACUUGCGUGUCUUAUCAGUGGCAAAACAAUUCCACACUUCUUAUUAGAAUUACCAGGCCGCUUUGGAGCAGUAUCGAAUACCCCACAAGACGAUGAGGAUCCCUUGUUAUCGGCAAUGAGACUUUUUGCUAUCAUGGGCACCCUGGUGAAUUUUCGUGGAUUGGCGAACCGGAGCCUCUUUUUACCCAGUCAGCUAGUUGUACUGGCCAUAAAAACCGAUCAAGCUCUCCAAAACUGGGGAACUUCCCUUCCUGCGUCGUGGACUUAUCACAAGCUCCCCAAAGGGCCACAGUACAUCUACCAAGAUAUUUGGUAUGCUCGAAUGUGGAACUAUUAUCGCCUAGCCCGCAUUCCGGCAAACAAGAUAAUCAUUGACAAUUUCAACAUCCUAUCACCUUCAAUGUUGCCUGGUGAUAAUUUCAAAUCACAACAUGACCAGUCAUAUUCCGCCAUUUCGCUACUAUUACACGAGAUCUACACCAGCCUGCCUUCCAUGUUCAACUCGGAACAAAUGUCUGCUACCUCUCUACCAAUAUCGUCAGCCCUUUUCUUCACGACCACUCUAUUGCAAUCUCUGUCGGAACUCACAGAUAGAGAUUCUCUUAUCCAGGACUGGUCAUUUCCAGCAUGUGCGGUCCUAGGAGAAAGGUUCAGCUUUACCAAGGGCAUCGUGAUGCAGAACCUUUACUAG